AAAUAAAUAAAACUUUGCAUCAUCACCUUUCUUCCAAUUUGACACCAUAUUGUCAACCCCUCUCUCUCUCUCUCUAAGCUCAUAUAUCUAUUAAAUCCAUCAAUGGUGGAUUUGUCUAUAUUCCCAUAAUAAUCAAACACCAUGAAGGAUAUCAUAGGCACCAUUAAAGACAAAGUCUCACUAUCAAAACUUGCACUCCUCACAAAACCAAACACUCUUUCCCUCCAUGUGGCCGUCCUCCGCACCACCUCCCACGCGCCGUCCACUCCACCAAACCCCCACCACCUCGCCACCCUUCUAACCCUGGGUAAUAGCUCACGCGCCACCGCCUCCAUCCUCAUACACUCCUUAAUGAACCGCCUACACCGCACAACCGACUCCCAUGUGGCCCUUAAGUGCCUCCUCACCAUCCACCAUAUCAUUAAACGUGGCCCCUUUAUUCUUAAAGACCAGCUCUCCGUGUUCACGGCCACCGGUGGCCGUAACAACUUUAAACUGUCUAACUUUCGCGAUGGCGCUUCCGUGGCUACGUGGAUGCUUUCCGCUUGGGUCCGGUGGUACGCUUGUUACGUAGAAACGACACUUUACACGUCCAAAAAUAUCGUCGGAUCCGUCGGUAGAGAAAAACAAAAGGAUUUGAUCUCAUCGUUCAUGAGCUUCGACUUGAUCCGAGACUUUGCAUUGUUGGUGUGUAUGAUCGAAGAAAUCUGCAAAGUCCCGGAUAAUCUACUAGUUGAAAACAACGCGUUGCUUCAUUGUAUCAUGGAAUUGCUAGCACACGAUUAUUUAUCAACAGUGAACGAGAUAUUUCUCCGAGUCAUUGAGUUCAAAGAACGGGUUGAGUUACUGAGUUUCAACGACUCGGUCGAGUUGGCUUCGGCUUUGGACAGAUUAACAAGUUGCAAAGAGAAAUUGUCACACUUAUUUUCCACUACAAAGCCAUCGGUUGACACCCUUUGGGAAAUGGUUGAAGAGUUAAAUAAUAAAAUUGGGAUGGUCAAUUUUAAGAAACUCGGAAGAAGGGAUAGUGUGAGUGAGUCAGCCCGGUUUGGAGACCGAGUCAUAAGAACGAGUGACUCGUUGAAAUUUAUGUCUGGUAGAUUGAGGUUGAACAUGACUGGUGUUUGAUAUUUUUUACUUAUUAAUUAUGUUUCUUUUUUGUUGUUGCGUGUCGGAUUUGUAGCUAUUUGUUUGGAUAGAAAUAGGGUCGACAUCAAUCAAGAUAAAGAAAAUGUGAUGAUUUUUUUUUUAGGUUUUUGUGUAAAUUCCUAGUAAUUUCAUCAGCUUCUUUUAACAUU